AUGAUUUUGUCGACCGAUGCCGCCCUUUCGAAGACACAAUGGAUCGCCAUAUUUAUACAGUUAUUCGGCCUGAUUCUAACGCAAUACAAGCCGGAAAAUGGUACCGCAUACCCUAUCAGUAUAUACGUCCUUCUUCUCUUCCAAGUCUUUGUCAGCGCGUCGUCCGGCGUCUACAAUGGGCAUCUUUUGAAGACCAACGAGAAUAGCCCCCACGCGGAUAACAUGAUACUCUAUGCUGCCGGUGCCUUCGUCAAUCUACUUUGCCAUGUUUCCAUCUUUAUGAUAAGUGCCGACGAGCCGCAUUUCUUUCAAGGAUAUGGCGAUAUUCGCGCCAUUCUGGUCGUCUUAAGCAGCGUCUUCAUCGGAUUUGCUACAACUUUGGUCUAUAAGUACGCCGACGCCGUCUUAAAGUGCUUCGCGGUAGCUGCUAGCACGGCAAUACUCCUCUACGCCUCGCCCAUCCUUUUCGAAGACGAGCUGGGCAGUCUCGUCGUCCCGGGCACCAUCAUUGUCUUUGUCGCGUCCGCGCUAUACAUUUCUUAUCCUGCUCCGCCGUCUAGCGGCUACUCUACCAAGCACGCAGCACGCACCGGGCCGCUCAAGGCUUUCAAGGAAUACUCCCGAAUGUCUCUCGCCUUAUCGACACUUGGUACCAUUGUUAUCGUUGCUUUCCUGGCCAUGUCAAAGGAUAAGGUGCCAAGGGCAGCUUACGCCAAUGUCAAGCCGACGCAUGAGCCCGCUGCCGGAGCGGGCAACUUCUCGUCACCAUUCCGCAACGUGUUGGCAAUGGUACGGUGGAACACGCCAUAUCCAGAACGGAUUCCCCGUAUCAUGGAAUACCAACCUUUUUUUGAUACGGUCCAUAUCUCUGUGCCCGACAUGAUGCCCGAGCAGCCUCCCGAACACUACAAUUGGACCCACGAUCAAUUCCCAACGACAAAUCUCAUUUACCGUCAAGUCGCCAAUAUGAUGAAGCUGGUGCUCGCCGGCAGACCAGACAUCAAGGGGUUGAUGUAUUUCCAUUUCGACGCCUGGCUCGACCCUCUUGGGUGGAAUGACACCGACUUUGACAACAUGUGGUUUACUUAUGGACAUCCGCUCCAUAAUUGUAUGACCAACACUGACAGCAAUUCUUGGUGGGGGUGGAAGCAGGAUAUGCAUCUUCCCGCCAAAGCUGCCGCUCAGUUUGUUCACCAGCUUGGCCUCGACUACCAAGUUAAUCCCGAUGAGUGGUGCAUCGGCUGGAGCGACAUCUACUUCAUUCCGCGAAGCUUUUUUGGAGACUUCGUGCUCCUCGCUGAGAUUUUCGAGCGCUUCGAUGUCUUCCACGAGGUCGCCACUCCUACAAUUGCCCACAUUAUAAAUAACAGCCGACGUUCAAGCUUGAAGACGACUUCCCUCGACCAGGUGAGGGAUUGCUGGGGCUCAUGCUGCGACUCGGGCCCAACGGUUGAGGAUGUGUUGACGGCUCAUUGUGGUCAUCGCCUUGACUAUCUUAACGAGACCGUGACGGAUGCUUUCUACAAGAAGCUAGCAUCUCAGGCGCAACGGCUUCGUCCGAACUUGAUUUAA